CAUUUUGGCCUAGAGUUCUCUGAGAGUAGUGGAGCAUUUUCUCCCUGCGUAUCAACCAUCACACUCUGCCAGAGUAUCAAUUAACUCCAUAAAAUCUCCCAUCCUCUCUCUCUGCGCCAGCUUCGUGUGCUGCAAGCAGAAGGAAUGGGUGCAGCAGCAACCGGAGUAUGGCUAAACCACAUCUCCAGAGCAACACCAGACGUUAAACGCCUUGCGAAAUUCUACGAGGAGGUUUUAGGGUUUGAGAGGAUCGAAUCCCCAAACUUCGGCGACUUCGACGUUAUCUGGCUGAAGCUACCGUCUGCGUCCUUCGCCCUCCAUCUCAUCGAGAGGAACCCCCUUUCGUCGCUUCCUGAAGGCCCGUCGGGUUCGACGGCUGAGAUCGCUGCUGCCGAUCCCAAGCAUCUCCCGAGAGGCCAUCAUCUUUCCUUUGCCAUCUCCAACUACGAUUCCUUCAUUGAAUCUCUAAAGGGAAAUGGAGUGAAGGUUUUUGAGAAGACCCAACCAGAUGGCAAGACAAAGCAAGCGUUCUUCUUUGACCCAGACGGUAAUGGCCUGGAAGUAGGGACUUGGGUGCAACCAUGAGAAGGAACCUCUUCAGUCCUCACAUGUAAAACAGAACAAUAUCUACUGUUUAAAACCAGCAGCUUGUGUGUUUUGGUUUUGAGUACCUGUUGUAUCUACUGCUCUUUAUGCUCCUGUCUUCUUCUUAUAUAAUACACGACCUGUUUGCAGUA